AUGAAGAAAUCCCCGUGUAGCAAGAGGUUAGAGGUGAUGAAUUCUUUGGAUAGGUUGUUAGCUCAUCGCCGGAACGAUAAGUUAAAACGCUUCCACAUCCAUUGGGUUCCGCAUAACCGCUACGUGGAGGACUGCUCUUGUGAUGAGAGCUUUCGGAUCAUGACGUGGGUCUACGAUGCAGUAGGGUGCAAAGUUGAAGAGCUUGAUCUUGACAUCUGUGUGCAUCAAGAGACACCAUUAGCAUUAUCGUCUUUCAUGUUUCUUUGUGAUUCUUUGAGGUCUUUAUCAGUGAACAUGAAGUGUGUUCUUAAAGCACCGCCCCUUGAUUCGUCAUCUAAUCUUAAAUACCUGAAUUUGAGAGAAGUUUGUAUAGUAGACGAGGAGUUUUUCACAUGGAUCUCAUGUUGCUGCAAGUGCAUAAAGGAAUUGCGUCUUCAUGAUAUUUAUGGAGUACAAAAUAUCACCAUCGAAAGCUCUUCUCUGGAAUCAUUUGUUUUUCGGUGUCCCGGUUUGAGUGCUGACUGCAAUCUCAACAUCUCAGGAGAGAAACUUGAAAGCUUACAUAUCUAUUGGGGAAAUAUUUAUCUUGACAAGAAAUCGUUGUUAAAUCUUUUCGCUCCAAAUCUUAAAUCUUUGAUUUGGUCGGGGAGUUUGUUUUCUCACCAAAAUGUGGGGAAAUUAACGCGUUUAGAGAAGGCUGAGCUCUCUUUGAAAGUUAAGUCUGGAAAAGAGUUCGACAUCAUAUACGAGAUUCUCUGCAGCAUGCCUGAGGUUAAAGUUCUUAUUCUACACAAAGAGAUCACCAAGGCUCUGUUAAAGGAAGGUCCUAUACCAACACUCUUUUGUGCUCGGAUUCAUUAUUUACAAAUGCACAUGGAGGGCUUGUUUGAUUUUCUGGUCCCUGCAAUGUCAUCCGGGUUUGACGCAGAAUUCUGGAAAUUGCAAAACCUUGCUUUUAUUAAGAAACUGAGGCUGGUAAACAUUGAGCUUUCCAAUGGGUCUAAUGGAAUCGAGUUAGCAAGGUAUGUCCUCGAGCAUGCUCAGAACUUGGAGAAAAUGGCGAUUGUGCAUUCACCCAAGGAUUGA